CUUUGUUUUAUUUCACAGACAGGGCAGUACCAGCAGGCUCACACUUGUAGUAGCACUGGUCCCGCGAGAGAGCAGCUCGGGGGCGGAUAGAUGGAUGGAUGACCCUGCUGCUCCCCUCCCAAGCAGUUCCAGCUGUCUGCUCCUUUCCUGACUUCCCCACCCUGGCGUACCAUGGCGUCCGGCGAGGAGGACGGCACGGUAGACGAGAAGGAAAACAACAACAAGAAGAAAACUAAAAGCGCCCUCGCUACCGCAUGGCUCACUUUCUACAACAUCGCCAUGACCGCCGGGUGGCUGGUUCUGGCAAUGGCAAUGGUUCGCUUUUACAUCCAGAAAGGCUCACACAAGGGUCUUUACAGAAGUAUAGCAAGGACACUCAAGUUUUUCCAGACCUUCGCAUUAGUUGAGGUAAGAAUUUUACAAGACAUUUUUACUCAUUUCAUUACUGGAAAUUUUAUAGGAUGUGAUUUGUGUGCUUUUUUAUCACAGGUCGGACACUGUGCAAUUGGAAUUGUGAGGACUUCUGUGAUUGUAACUGGAGUUCAAGUGUGCUCAAGGAUUUUCAUGGUUUGGUUUAUAACAAACAGCAUCAGACAGAUCCAGAAUGAAGAGAGCGUAAUCCUUUUCUUGGUUGUGUGGACAUUGACAGAGAUUACCAGAUAUUCAUACUACACAUUCAAGCUGCUGCACCACCUGCCGUAUUUCAUCAAAUGGGCCAGGUACAACCUGUUCAUCAUCCUGUACCCACUGGGAGUCAUUGGGGAGCUGCUCACUAUUUACGCUGCUCUGCCGUUUGUGCGCAGAACUGGAAUGUACUCCAUGAGGCUUCCAAACAAGUAUAAUGUAUCCUUCGACUACUACUACUGCCUCAUCAUUGUCAUGCUGUCCUACAUCCCACUGUUCCCUCAGCUCUACUUCCAUAUGCUGCGGCAGAGAAGGAGAGUGCUUCACGGGGAGAUCAUAGUGGAGAAGGAUGACUAGCCCCACAUGAGUCUGUUUGAGCCAGCCUGCCACAUCACAAAUGUCUCCAACCAUUUCACCAGAAUCUCACCAUUUGGGACAGGAAGACGCACACAGCCUGUGUCAGAGAACAAGCCACCAGUAUCCAGUGCUAACUGAGAGCAAAUGACAGCACCAUGGGAUUUAUAAUGGGAGUUUGUAAGGGGGAAUAAUUCCUGUUUGAAUGAUUAUUAUUGGAACCAUGUUUACAGUCAAAAACAAAAGUUUUACUGGAGCUUGAGAUAGAAGCCUGGAGCUCGAUCGCAUGGCUUCUCUGAUCUCACCACCUUGUUGCACUGAGGCACAACAUUCUCAUGAGGAAAAUAUACAUCAUUACAGUGACAAAGCUGCACCCACCCAGAAGUGUGAAAGAGAAAAACGAAAGGCUUUCAGAAAAGUGAUGUUACUGUAAGUUAUUAAAUGAAGUUUCCCCAGACUCAAUUGGCAGUUCUAUAAUUGAUAAUGUAAUUCACCACAGCAAUUUUAUACUAAAAUAUUGUGGUUGUAUAAAACAAAAAAUACAGAUUUAGUUCCAUCAUACCUCAACAAUAAACCUACAUUUAGACAAUAUGCUGCUUCUUUUGUGUAUGUUUGUUAUGUGUAAAUGUUAUGUGAAUUAAGCGGUUAAGUAGUAUAUACUUAAAGAUUUAUUUAUUCACACUCUGUCACAACUUAACAUUGUGUCAGCUCUUGCAUUCUUUGAUUAUUGAUUUUGCUUCGAUGUUUACGAUGUCAAAUUAUUUUGCAAGAGUGCAUCUUAAAACGCUGUCUCACAUAGUAGCUUUGUCUUUAGGCUGGUGUAGUGAAGUCCAGAUUUUUGUCUGCACUCCAAGUCUUUAGUGACUUUUUGUUUGAUUUUAGUCCAGAUCUCAGGCUAGUUAGUUUCUCUUCUACUAAAGGUGCUACUGUAAGAUCAUUUCAUCUGUGCAGCUGAACAAGUGACUGUGAUUAGAGUUGACCUGAAGCAGGGGACAGCAUGUGAAAAGAUUGAAGGGAAAUGCUCUGACCUAAACAAGGCUUUGCCAUAAGUUAACCCAUGGUCAUCUGAGAUCAGCACCAUGCUAAAAUGUGACUUUGAGAGAACAUAACGAAAGUUCAAGCUAAACAAAAUAUGGAUAACAUGAAUAGAAAUGUGAAAAUACCUUCUGUCAAUAAAGU